GUAAUAAUGUUUUAAAACUUAAAAUGGACAUCCAAACCGCCGUCGUUCACACCUACCGCAACACAGCUUCUAUCCUGAAGGCCACCACGUGGAUACGCUCGCCGGCUGUACGUUAUUGCAAAUCCGCCUCCAAUCUCCGCCUAAAGCCGUUGAAGCAAAAAAGUCGUCGCUUUUCCAUGGCCUCCUCCGUCCGAAUCGUCGUCGUCGGAGAUGUUCAUGAUGAUUGGGACCUAGAAGAAGACAGGAAAGCUCUUCAAUACUUGAAGCCAGAUGUGGUGCUGUUCACAGGUGAUUUUGGUAAUGAAAAUGUUGAUCUAGUAAAAAGUAUUGCUGAUCUUGAAAUGGCAAAGGCUGUUAUUUUGGGGAACCAUGAUGCCUGGAAUACAUCACAGUUUUCAGGAAAGGAAAAAGAUGCUGUCCAACUUCAGCUAGAGUGUCUUGGUGAUGAGCAUGUUGGUUUCCGACGCAUGGAUCUCCAUACAUUGAAACUGAGUAUCAUUGGGGGAAGGCCAUUCUCUUGUGGUGGUUCUCAACUGUUUCGAAAAAGGCUUCUCAUUGCUAGAUAUGCAGUUCAUGAUAUGAACAGAAGUGCAGAGAAAAUCUAUGAAAAUGCAGUGGGUGCUCCACAGGAUCAUUCACUAAUAUUUCUUGCUCAUAAUGGUCCAACAGGUUUAGGUUCUGCAGUGGAUGACAUCUGUGGAAAGGAUUGGUGGCCUGAAGGCGGCGACCACGGUGAUCCAGAUCUAGCGCAAGCUAUUUCCCGGUUAAAAGAGACUGCACAAUUUCCCGCCCCUCUGGUUGUGUUUGGUCACAUGCAUAAAGAUCUGGCCUGUGGAGGCCACCGGAAAAUGGUGGUUGUUGGGGAAGAUAACACCAUAUACCUGAAUGGGGCCAUUGUUCCGAGGGUGAAAAGAGUGGAAAAAGACAACUGCACACUGCGAGCCUUCACCAUAGCCGAUAUUUUGGAUGGAAGAGUGGAGAAGAUUACAGAAACAUGGGUUUCUGUUGCUGGCAACAAUACAACAUUAGAAAAAGAGCAACUAAUGUUCAGUAGGUAAAUGUAGAGACGUUAGUGGUUCUUUGGUAAAAUUUAUGUCCAUAUCGUGUAUGUAUAAAGUAUACUAGCUAUCAUUGCCCAACCUGCGAAGUUAUCAUCCAAUAUAAGCUUAACAUUAAGAUAAAUUUAGCAAAAAAAUAUGAAUAAUUAUGAUAUUUAAGCAUAUGUAUGCAUAUAAUUUCACACACUCAGUGGCUGUAUAAACUUAUGCACAUCUAUAUAUCUUGUUUAUUAUGUUUUAUUGAA